AAAGGGUCCGUAUUAAAGAAGCUAUGUGAAAAGGAAAUGACGCGAAAAAUUUGUCGGAAAUUGUCCGUAAUAAAAAGACGUUAGAGUCAGAGUAUUAGAGUAAGAAUGUUAGGGAGUAUUAGAGUUGUCCGAAUUAGAGAGGUGUCUGUAUUGAAGAGUUGUCCGAAUUAGAGAGGUGUCUGUAUUGGAGAGUUGUCCGAAUUAGGGAGGUGUUUGUAUUAGACAGUUGUCCGAAUUAGAGAGAUUUCUGUCCGAAUUAGAGGAGUGCCUGCAUAAGAGAAGUUGUCCGAAUUAGAGAUGUGUCUGUAUUGGAGAAUCUAGUCCAUGCAGUCCGAAUUGGAGAAUUUGGCAUGACAUCUCAUACGACUAAAUCAAUACCUGAAGUGAGGUGAAUCAGUUUCCGCAGUACCGUUGAUUCGCUUUAAUAUAUUCCCUCGGGUGUGCCUUUCUUUAUUUUGCUUUACACAGUAGCGGCAUGCAAAAAUUUGAAUUUGAAUUCUUAUUGUGGCUAUAAAUGAAACACAAACAAUUGCAAUGAUCAUACAGUUCAAUUACUUUGAAAUGCAUCAGCUAGAUGUUAUGAUUCAACAGCAAUUUGUUCCCAGCGCAGAACGCGUCAUUUCGAUGCGCAGUCGAAUCUCCGAUUUCGUCUAUAUAUUAAGCCAUCUAAUCGCAUCAACUUUGUAAUGUUGAAUCCCCAAUCUAAAUUACGGGAAACACUGAGUAUUUUUGCGAAAUACAAAACAAUAAAGAGUUUAAGAUCUACGAUGCGGCAAGUCAACGACGCACCUUCAAAACAACGAAAUUCUGCAAGACAAAAUAUAUUAAUAAUUUGUGGUCCCAUGGGGCAUGGGUAUCCUCAAUAGCUGUCAUUCUGGUGUAUGAAAACGACUGUUGACGCCACUAUUUACACUUCCUGUUCAUCAAUUUAUGGCGAAAUUUCCAGUACAGAUGCCAGGAUCGUAUAGGACUAGUCGUAUGGUGCAGAUAUGCCUUAAAAAGGAGAACGGGUAAUUCAAGGGAGUUAUUAGAAAGGGAGGGCUAAAAAUGAAGAAUUUACCCCGCAAAAGCUAACCAACUUUAAUGCCAGUCAGUCCAGUUUUAUAUUGAGGUCACUGUCCCAUCGCGGGCUGGGGCUUAAGGGGUUAAUUCCAAGAAUAUUUACGUUUCCGGCCUUCCGGGUAUAUUUUCACAAUUCUAAACGAAACCAACAACACUUUCACUUUGGCAGUACAAUAUUUGUGGCAAGAUUUUAUGCGAUCAUUUCGAUGGAAAGAAGACACAAAUAUGUUAUCUUGAAUUGUGAAGUAAGAAAGAUUUAAUUGAAAUGGCAAGUGCUUCAUCAGAAAGUGUUCCUGUUGAUGAAAUCAACGAACUACUCACAUGUUGUAUGUGUUUGGAAACUCUACAAGAACCAAGAAGCUUGGCUUGCUUUCAUAAUUUUUGUAAAGUGUGUUUAAGUGAGUAAUAUUUUCUUUGUUUAAAAGGUCUAUUGACACAAGCUUUGCGUGGAUAUACUUUACAGUUUAAUAAUUAAAUAUCCGAGUAAUGCAAGUUUUAUUUUUGCGCAAUGAAUGCGUCCCUGCUGCAUUAAUUGCGCGGAAGUGAAGACAGAAUAUUAUUAUUAUUAUUACUAUUAUUAUUAUUAUUAUUAUUAUUAAACUUUAUUUAAACACGGUACUAUUUCACAAACUAGUUACAUUUAAUUUAUUUAUGUAUAAAAGAGAAGGAAAAGAAAAAUGUGAUCUUCCAAUAGUGUUUAACUAUCUUAUAACACUAUCUACAAUAUACAUAUAGACUAUUCAACAUACAUAUUACUUACUAAUGUAACAAAUACUAACAAUAUUAAAAUGUACUCUCAAUUGAUAAUCUUGAGUUUUGCUUUAAAAAUAUUAACAGUUUCAGAAUUUUUAAUUUCACUUGGUAGAUUAUUCCAGGCCACUGCACCUCUAUAGCUAAACGCCUUUUUCAGGUAAUUUGUUUUAGGCUUCGGUGGUAGGAAAUCAUGUUUGGCUUGAUAAUGACUGCAUUGUAUGCAUAGCCAGGCCGUCACUUACAAUACUAAAUUCUGGUUUUGAGUAUUAAGCUUCCUCUCAAGACAAAGUAAACGAAAUAAAGGCAUUAAUUCAUGAAAAAUACACAGAAUUUGUAGGAUUUCGUUAAAAAUGCGCGGACAGAAGUCACAGAUGAAAUAUUUGCGCAGGGAACGCCUGUGUUGUAAACAUGGGGGGGAGGGGGGGGGGGUUGUUGAUUUUUAACCUACAAUUGUGCAUAUAUAGUGUUGCCUCGUUUUUUCAAAACCACGUAUAUAUCAAUAAAACCUACAAGACGAACGACAAAAGCGUUAUGGCUAAUUGUGCAUAUAUAGUGUUGCCACGUUCUUUCAAAAACACGCUUUGUAUAUACUAAACUGCAGUAACAAACGCGUCAACGCAUCACGGCGCCCUUGGCGACAUUACUUUAGAAUCUUGGACAACGUAAAAAAUUGUGUAUUUACUUUUCAUAUGUAUACAUGCUUAUAUUCACUUUUACAUUUUAGGCAUAUCCGGGCAGAGACUAUAAAUUAUAACAGUUAUAACAUGCACUAGCGGCAAAGUUAGUGCAGUUGAUCUCAGCUUCAUGGCUGUAACGCAGCCAUGCAAUGUCAAUGACAAAUACAUAAGCCAGCAGGGUUCUUGUGCGCACUUUAUAUAACUCAAUAGUGUAGCAAUUCAUUGCAUUAUUAGCUUUUACUCCUUCAAAUUCGGCCGGGAAACUACAAUGACCAGCCUCGUACCCAGGUGCAAAUAACGUACGAGGGUGCUUGGGCCCCUCAUCUUAGCCACUGAUCUAUAUAAAAACACUGUAGUGUUGCUAUUUUUAGUACGUUAUUUGCGCCUGGGUACGAGGCUGUACAAUGACAAAUAGAAGACAGCAGGGUUCUUUCGCACACGUGCCAUGCAUCGUAGGGUGACUAUUAUCUCAGUCUAAACACUAGGAAUUAGAUCAUGUGCGUAAUAUUUCCAGAGUUUUAAAACGAAUUUAACUCCCAUUAAAGUCAGGCUGCACGCAGGCUAACUCCCAAUUACAAAAUGCAAAGUUCAAUAUACAAAACAAAAUAUAUUUCAAAAUCAAACUCCUCAAAAAUAUAAUAAAAAUGUUUGACACGUACAGUGUGGCUAUACUGAGCACGGAACUGCAUGACAGUUUACAUGCAUGGACUAUAACUAAGAGCCUGCGGAGUUCGGUGCUGUGCAGCGACGCUGAUGCGCUCAAUUAUGCGGCGACUAAAAACAAAACGACGAAUAUAUUUUACUAUCGCACGCGAGUAUAAUUACAUCGUUUUCUAUAGCUAAUUUACUUUAAAGCGUGAAGAAAUGUCAGCAAAAACAGCAAUACAAUAUAUUAUACUCAUUUUGUAAUUUAGUUGCAUCGUUUUCAAACCGUCAUAACUGCCAUGCAGGAAAGACAGCAAUACAUUAUACUAUACUCAUUUUGUAAUUUACUUCGUCAAGGACAAUACAAGCCUAUAUGGCUGUAUAGAUGCCUAAAGGCUUUUAUGCGCAAUUGUACCAUUUCACUAUAGGCACCUAUACGCCACGUAUAGACGUUUUUCGUAUAUGGUUUUAGUAUACGUUGUCAAGGACAAUGUCCCGUUGACAUUGACUAAUUGAUUGUCCAUGUCAAGCCGCCAGUGCUGCGAGUCAAGUAGACCAUCCUGUUAUCAAUGUGAUAUUUCCGAUUUCCAGUUGUUGAUAUCACAGAAACUAUUUAUGCAGCACUGCAGUUGUACUUAUUUUCAACCAUUCAACAAACGCACUUACACACAAUUUCAUCUUCAAGCAAUUUUAUACCAUCAUAUUUAAUGGAAGAAUUCAAACGUUUUACUAAUGACAUAAAUGGAGUCAAUAGUUGUGUGAAUGAGUUUCUAAGUAUUAUAACUGGGGCAUCCAAAAAGUCACUGAAAAUAUGAAAAAAGAAAGUUAGACGAAAGUUAAGCAAUGUAACAAAAAAAAAGUGGUUUGACAAAGAAUGCUGGAUAAAGAGGCAUGAACUUCGUGAACUUGCAAACCGAAAACAUAAGGAUCCAGGAAAUAUAGAUUUAAGAAAUGCAUAUCAUUCCACACUAAAAACAUACAAAGAGACUCUAGAAACUAAGAAAAACAUUUUUCACCAGGAAAAGAUAAAUAAAUUAGAAAAGGCAACUGAAAAUAAUCCAAAUCUCUUUUGGAAAAAUUUCCAAACUACUAAUGAUACCAUAGAGAAUAACACUAAUUCCAACAACUCCCCAAGCGAAGAAGACUGGCUUACACAUUUCGGAAAAUUACACUGCAAACACAGAUUAACUGAAGAGUAUGAGGAAAUCAUUGAAAAACUUGACACCCUUCGACCAUCAUGUACACCAUCUGACAACCAUCUGACACACUUCGACCAUCAUACACUAUCUUCACCAUCUGACAACCCUUCCCUGUAUAACCACCCUACACCAUCAUACACCAUCUGACACACUUUGGCCAUCAUACACUAUCAUACACCAUCGAUCAGACAACCAUCUGACACACGUCGACCAUCAUACACCAUCUUCACCAUCUGACAACCCUUAAUUCCCUGUAUAACCACCCUACACCAUCAUACACCAUCUGACAACCAUCUGACACACUUUGACCAUCAUACACCAUCAUACACCCGCUGACAACCAUCUGACACACUUCGACCAUUAUAUACACCAUCUGACAACCAUCUGACACCAUAUACCAUCUUCACCAUCUGACAACCCUUCCCUGUAUAUCCACCCUACACCAUCAUAAACCAUCUGACAACCAUCUGACACGCUUCGACCAUCAUACACCAUCUGUACCAUCUUCACCAUCGGACAACCCUUGCAUCUAUAACAACCCUACACCAUCAUACACCAGCCGGACUUUAAAUGGAGAGAAGUCAGUCUGCGAAUCAGGGAAUAAUACCGUGUUCGCGCCAUCUUUUGAAUUGCAUGGAUUCAAACGUGAUUGUCUAUUGCUCAGAAGUCUAAUACACACGCUACAACUGGCCAAUUCGUUAAUAUAUAUUUAGUUCAAACAACAUUCCAGAAUGAAAAAAAUGGCGGACAAAAACACGAAGUGCAAUGUUGUGUGUAAUUUAUGCACGACUCCCAUACAAAAGAUAUGAAAGGGUUCUCAUUGAGGUUCCCAAGACGCCAUUUUGCUAAAUAUAUUAUUUUGUUGAACUGAAUCUAUUAACGAAUGGCCAAUCGUAGCGCGUGUAUUAGGCUUCUGAGCAAUAGCCAAUCACGUUUGAACACAAAAAUCCAUGCAAUUCAAAAGAUGACGCGACACGGUAUUGUUGCCUGAUUCGCAGACUGACUUCUCCCCAUUUAAAGUCAGGCUGCACGCAGGCUAGACCCACUUCGGCCAUCAUACACCAUCUGUACCAUCUUCACCAUCUGACAACCCUUCCCUGUAUAACCAUCAUACACCAUCAUACACCAUCUGACAACCAUCUGACACACUUCGACCAUCAUACAUCAGUACAUCACCAUACACCAUCUUCACCAUCAGAUGCCUGUAUUGGACAUUGCUCGCCGCCUGAGCAACUUUUUAUGUACAAUUACAACCACAAUCUAUCACUAGAAAAAUAAAUAGUCAAUCUCGACUAACAUCAUAACAAAAUUGCUGUAUCUUGUUCUUAUCAAAAUCAUGCAUCUUCCCUUGGGAAAGUUUCAAUGGUACAUUGAAUACUGAUACUGCUGGAUGUUUAUUUUUUACCAGAUACCAUUAUCCGGUACUUCCCUAAUUACCUUAAUUCUUAUAAUUAAAGUUACUCAAUUAUUAUUUAUAGAGACCUCUGUCGGCAGGAAACUCAACAAUUGAGCUGUCUUUGUAAUAAUUAUUGCAUUUAAUUUAUUCUUUAACAUGUUUAUUUAUGCUUUAAGUGUAUUCUAUGUCUGUGCAUUGUUUAGGAAAGUAUGUUGAACGUCUUCGUUGUGCUGAAAAGAAGAUCGAGACAUUUCCAUGUCCUACAUGUCGUUCAGAGUUUACUCUCAAAUCAAACCAAGAUGUUGCUGAACUGCCAAGCAGUUAUUUCAUCAAGAAUAUGCUGGAAAUUAUGGCGAUUCAACAAAAAGCGAAAACAUCCACCGCAUGUUCCCGCUGCCAAGAUCCUGCCAUUAAUCACUGCGCAUCAUGCCAAAUAUUUAUGUGUAAGAAAUGUUCAGGGUUACAUGAUACCUGGCCUGCCAACAAAAACCAUAAUACAUUAUCCGUACAGGAACUGAGCAAUCCUGAAAGUCAAGUAAAAACGAGAAGCAAGCUUUAUUGCACGAAACACAAAGACGAAGUACUCAAAUACUAUUGUGAAACAUGCAAAGAACUUAGCUGUAUAGACUGCAUGGUGUUGAAUCAUCAAAAACAAAACCAUUCGUGUGUGGCAGUGAGUGAACUCACACAGAAGCAAAGAGAAACAUUGCAAUCAAGCUGUAUAACACUUGAUGAGAAAGUAGCUGAAGGAAAGGAAGCGUUGAACAACAUUUGUGAGGUGAUGAAGUCGCUUGAAAAAAAUGCUAAAACUGCUAAAGAUCAAAUCCAAGAACAAAAGGAAAAUAUCUUGAAGAUUGUGGCAGAAAAACUUGACGAGAGAGCAAAGAAAAUGAAUGAGGAUGUGGACCAAGCUUAUGGUGAAUUACACAGUGAACUGAGCGAACAACAUGAUGAAAUGAAAGAUUAUCUUGAUAAAGUCCAAGCUUCAGUGUCCUUGCCAAGAAAUCUCCUAAAGAGAGGAAGUAUUGAAGAAAUUAUUUCAUCACAAAAAUUGAUUGAUGAGAAAAUCGAGAGAUUGAGAAAUGACCGGCCGGAGAAUUUUGCUGCAGUGAAUGAUGGUGGUAUUUGGUAUGUACCUGACGACAUUGGAAAUAUCAAUGUUGAUGAAAUUGUUGAUAAGUUGGGACAUGUGGAAGGUAUGUGCAAUUUAUGGUAUAUUACCGUCAAUACAUUAUACAGGUUCAGCACGCUUGAGUUAGAUAGUUUAUAAUAAUACUUUGUUCCUUUAGCAUGAUAAAAUUUGUCUAAAUAUCAUUUGUAUUUUGCUGUUUCAAUAACUUAUUUGUUCCGGUUUUCAGUUCAAAUCCAUUUGUUACAUUUGAUGGUACUUUCUCAAUUAUUUCAUCCGUAUUAAUAUUUUUGGAAGAUGUUACAGAAUACAGAUGUUGAAUAUCACUGUUCUUAGAUGUUUUCAAUAUGCGCCUAACCGAAAGUUUGCAUUGUAAAUAUAUAUCUGAAGCAGAGCAAAAGUCAAUCCCUAGAUAUGAUUUUGGCAGUUUUAGAUGAGUGAUAUUGCCACUAAUCGAGAUCUGUAACCAUUUUCGAAUAUACUUAUUAUUAAUAAUAAGAAUAAUAAUAAGAACAAGAACAAGAACAAGAACAAGAACAAGAACAAGAACAAGAACAAGAAUAAGAAUAAUGGAAACUUUAUUUUGACAUAUUAUGUAUAUACAAUUAUAAAUCUCACUAUUUAAGGUAAUUUAUAAUUGACUACUUGAACUAUUAAUUAUUGAUAAACUAUAUUACAGGUAUAAAACUAAGAGAAAGCUCAUUCUUAAAUGUUCAUCAAGUCCGGAUCGGUCCAAUCCCUUGUUUCUACAACAAAAUAUAUUGUACGUUGUUCUGAUGGCGACGGACAUUAUUUUCUUAACACAAAAGUUCUGAUGUUUUUUAUCUAGACCAACUUCGUUCAACAUUUUCAUAAACGUGCUACAUUCUUUGGAGAAAACACCUAAGGCACUAUAAUAGACAAAUUAAUAAAUUUGACAGUUUUGAAAUGGUCUCUCUGCUGCGUAAUUAGAUCCUGCGUAAUUAGAUCCGUAUCUUUCCCUUCUGCGAUCGACGUUGUUUUGGAGAUUGGAUUCAUAUCCGACAGAGAGUUCGAGUAUGUACAGACAAUCAUUUGAAAUCGAAAGAAGCAGAUCUGGGCGAUAAGUGUCACCGGUUAUUAUUGACGGGCUCUUGUAUCCAGGAAGGUCGACAAAUAGAGUGGAGUUGUGGUCAGGUUGGAAUGUUUUUGCGAUAAAAUUGAGAAUAGAGUCAUGCAUGUCUCCAAGUAAAUCGUGGAAGGUAUGACUGCUGACAUCCCGCGACUACGUGCAGAAGGGUUUCAGGGUUCAGGCAGAUGGAACAAUCAGAGUUUGACAUUUUUCCACAUUUUGUGACGUUUUUUCGUGUGGGAAGAGUGUUGUUGAUGUAACGGAUGGUGAAGUUAUAGUGCUUUUUGGCAAGCUUGACUGAGAUUUGGACCAUAGGUUGUUUAGUGUAGACAAUGAGAACUUGGUGACGUUAGUGAAAAAGGAGCGUCGGAGAAGCAGAUGAUUUGAAGCUUGUCCUCUUGUGCAGAUUUGAAACUUUUAAGAACUUCCUUUGUUGAGGUGUAGACGUCGUACUGUAUGUUAGUAUUGUCGCAAGUUGAUUUCCAUAAAUUCCUUAUAUAUACAAUCAUUUGGAGAGGUUUUUAAGGCUUUACGAGAGACUGUUUGGCACUGAGUAAACUUGACGGAUGGAGGUCAAAUAAUAAUAAUCAUAAUCAUAAUCAUAAUAAUACAGAAUUUCCACAAAAUGGCUCUUCGUUUGUAAGUCCUAUAACUACAAAUAAUUUAAAUGGAGUAAAAUGUUAGGAUAAUUACACGUAACUAGUGAGUAAAUUAAAUUACAAUGUACAUACUAUCUAAUUAAAUUAUUUAAUCGUUCGUUCGUUCGUUCGCCAUCAAGAGAUAAUCGGUGUUUUUACAGUCCGUUUAAAAUAUUGUAAAUCCGAGAGUUUCUAAUUUCAACUGGCAAACAGUUGAACACGUCUGCAGCAGUGGCUUGAAAGGUGUCGUUUUCGAUGGGAACAUUUAUUUUCGUUUCCGAGGAUGAUCCUAGUGUCCUUUUGGGAAUAUACUGCUCAAGCUUUGAAUAUGAAUACCCUUAAAGGCAGCUUGUGCCAAAUGAAACUCUCUCCGUUCUUUCAUAGGAAGCUAUCCCAAUUUCAAUACGUCUUGUUCAGAGGCGUAUCUUCUGACUACAAAGCCUGCUGCCGCUCGCUGCACUCGCUGAAGGCAUUUCAGAAUUAAGAUAUACAGGAACUGGAUGGCACACCAUGUCGUUGUAAUCGAGUUUUCAUAAAACUAAACACUCGGAAAUUUUUUACCGUAGGUGGUGUUUCUGCAACGUACAAAUUAAAAAAGUCAUCCAGUAUUUUGAAAGAAGAGAUUGCCUUCAUCGAGCAACUAGAGAAAUGGUUGGGAGAGAAGUGUAAAUGGAAUCUUUGUUACAGAGCUUCCAGAGAUGGUUGGAGUGCCCAAGAUUUUCACAGACAUUGUGACAAUAAAGGACCGACAGUGGUUUUAGUGAAAGCCAAUGAUUGUAUCUUUGGCGGAUACACUGACCAACACUGGGAUUCAGGUACACGCGUAAAAACGCUGAGCCUGCUGUUUAACAGGAUUGAACAAUGUUGUGCGGCCCACAUUGUUCACACUUGCCAACAAUAUUGAACAAUAUUGUUGAGCCUGAAUCAGGUUUACACCUGAUUCAGGCUCAACAAUAUUGUUCAACAUUGUUGCCAACUGGGAACAAUGUGGGCCGCACAACAUUGUUCAAUCCUGUUUUCAUCAAUAUUGCAACAACCUGAUCGUAUAGCUGUGUAUGUCAGAUAA